AUCAAAGAAUGUUUCUUGAAUGUGUUUGCGCUGCUAUUAGCGGUACCGCGGGGAACUUAGCAACAGAAUACGCAUCACCUUAUCUCCGUUACUUUUUCCGUUUUGGCGAAAUUGUUGAAGAUUUCAAGAACCGGCGAAAUGAACUUGAAUCAAAAAGAGAUGAGUUGAAAGAUGCUGUCGAUGAGGCUUUAAGGCAAACUGAGGUAAUUAAGAAGGGCGUUGAGGAGUGGCUAACAAAGGCAGAUAAAGAAUUGGGAGAAGCUCAGAGUUUGGAAGAAGAAAUAGAGCGUAACAAGUGUUUCAAUUGGUGUCCUAGUUGGGGUUGGCGAUAUUGCUUAAGUAAGAAAGUCGCGAAGAAGAAUCUUUGUAUCUCUAAACUUUUAGAGACCUGUAACUUUCCACUAGUCGGCCAGCGCCCUCCUCUUCAAGGAAUAGAGUUCCUACUACCCAAGGAUUUCAUGCGUUCCGAAUCUUCAACGUUAGCUUUCAAUGGGAUCAUGAAGGCUUUAAAAGGUGAUGGUGUGAACGUGAUUGGAUUGCACGGAAUGCCAGGAGUGGGUAAAACAACUUUGGCGGAAGUAGUGGGGAAGCAAGCUACGGAAGAAAAGCUCUUUGAUAAAGUUGUGAUUGUUAGGGGGGUGUCUCAAAAUCCAGACAUCAACAAAAUUCAACAUAGAAUUUCUGAAAUCUUGGGUUUAAAAUUUAAUGCAAGUACAGAAGAAGGAAAAGCAGAAGAGUUAUUCAAGAGAUUAAAAGGCGAGAAGAAGAUUCUCAUUAUUCUCGAUGAUGUUUGGGAACAGUUUGAAUUGCGAAAUAUAGGAAUUCCAUCUGGUGACAAACACCCUGGUUGCAAAAUUCUUCUAACUACACGUCUUCGACAAGUCUGUAGUCAAAUGAAUUGUCAAGAAGAAUUUAAACUGAACAUUCUGUCUGAAGAUGAGGCAUGGGCUUUAUUCAAAGAUAAUGCUGGUCUAAAAGAUGCCUCUCCCACCUUGAAUGAUGUAGCCAAGGAGGUUGCUCGUGAAGCUAAGGGUUUGCCUCUUGCAAUUGUAACUAUGGCGAAAGCUCUAAAACGUGAAAGUCUAAAUGGGUGGAUAGCAGCAAAUCAACGACUUAAGGAGUCAAGACAUUUGGAUAAUCAAGAUGUUUGUGGAGGUAUCUAUAGCUGCCUUAAGCUUAGUUAUGAUUAUUUGAAGGAAGAAAAUAUUCAGUCAUGUUUCUUGUUGUGUUCUCUUUUUCCAGAAGAUUAUGAUAUUAAUGUUGAGUUGUUGACUGAAUUCGGAAUUGGUCAGGGACUGUUUUGUCAUAUUAACUUAAUUGAAGAAAUAAGGAGGGAAAUUCAUCUAGCACUAUCAAAGCUCCAAAAGUUUGGUUUGUUAUUGGAAACUGACGAUGAAUUCUAUGUAAAAAUGCAUGAUGUGGUUCGUGAUUUUGCUCAUUGGAUAACAUCAAGAGGGGAAAAUAUGUUCAUGGUAAAAAAUGAGCUGACGGAAUGGCCUAAGAGUGAAAUUUUUGGUUGUUACACAACAAUCUCCUUAUGGAAUAUUAAGAUAGUUAAUUUUCCCGAUAAAUUAGAAUUUUCAAAACUCAAGACUUUGUUUUUAACGGGAGAAGAUUACCUAAGAGUUCCGAGUAAAUUUUUUGAAGGAAUGAAAACCCUCCGAGUUUUAUUUCUUCAACGUGUUGUAUUCUCAAUGGAAGCACUUCAAUUCCUAACAAAUCUGCGAACUCUGUGCAUUAUGAGGUGUGACGUUGAGAACAUUUCAUCGUUGAGAAAUCUAGAAAAUCUUGAGUCUUUGUCUUUGAUUAGAACUUAUAUUGAUGAAUUACCUGAAGAAUUAGUGGAGUUGCGCAGACUAAAGUCACUAUAUAUUUUUUGGGUUGGAGAUGAAGACAGACAUGUCCCCCCUAACUUGAUAUCAAGGUUAACGUCACUCCAAGAGCUACACAUGUUAAGUUUUACCAUUGCCAACUUAUCGGAGUUGAAUUCGUUGUCUCGUUUGACUGCAUUAACAUUGACAGUUUCUACUGAUCAAUGUUUUCAAGAAAACUUUGUGUUUCCUAAACUACAAAGCUACAAUAUAGGUGUAAAUGGAUACAUUGAAAUUCCGAGAAAGCUUAUCUCGAGAAUAUUGAGAAUUAGAGAUUCCUCCUCAUUAAAUGCAUUUAAGGAGCUGUUUCGCAAUGUGGAAAGGCUGAGUCUGGAGAAUAUCAUGGAACACAAAACUGUUGUUCCAAAUGUAGAUCAGUGGGGACUAAAUGAAUUAACUUCUCUUCAGCUUACAUCUUGCGAUGAUUUGGAAUGCUUGAUCGAUACAACACGAGAACAGAGUCCAGCCACUGCAUUCUCUAAUUUGGUGAACUUAGACAUUGGUAAAAUGACUUCUUUGAAAGAGUUAUGCCAUGGUCAAUUACCGAAUAGCUUCUUACAACACUUAGAAACAUUGAUCAUUUGCGAUUGUGGACAGUUGCAAUCAGUGUUUCAAAUGAAUGGUUGUAUGUGGUCGAUCUCAAAUUUAAGAAGCUUGGAGCUGCAGUCAUUACCAGCAUUAGAGAGUAUAUGGAAAGAGCCAACUCAUCUUGUAAGCCUACAAAAUCUGAAGGAUGUAAAAGUUGAUGGUUGUGAUAAACUAAAAUCAAUCUUCUCACCUUGCCUUGCUCAAAGUUUGUUGCAUCUUGAACAACUCAAGAUAUCUGCAUGCAAGAAAUUAGAGCAAGUCUUUGCUUUUGCCCAAGAUAUGGCUGAGUUGGAGGAUCGCUCUCUUCUGUGCUGGCCAAAAUUAAAAUCUCUUGUGAUAGCUAGUUGCGAAAGCUUGAGAUAUGUGUUUCCCAUCACUUUGGCUCAAGGACUUCCGCACUUGGAAUCAGUUCAGAUAAUUGAUUGCCCUCAACUAAUGCAUGUCUUCAACAUGGCAAAAGAAGAGUAUGGGCACGAUAUUCUGCUCCCUCGCUUACAGUCUUUAAGACUUGAAUACUUACUAAACUUCAGGAACUUUUGUCCCAGAAACUAUUUUGUCAUGUUGCCAUCUUUGAAGGGAUUCCAAGCUUGCAGUAUUGGUCUCCCACGCGGAUCAAUGACUCGUUUCCAUAUUCACGAAGGACUUUGGUCGCGGUCUCUAUUGAUGGUAGUUCUGUUAUAUUUUCGUUUGUUUCAAUUUUACUUUUGAUAAUUAUUAAUUGAUUAUUUAUCUGAUCAUAGAAAAACAUCUUUC